UUAUCCAGAACAUGGAAAGUAAAACAACUGUGAGCCGUUAUAUCCAUCUCUCUAUUACUGAGGCAGGCUGUGAUCUUUGAAUGUUUACAUAUUACUGAACUUCAAUCAAUAUUCAAAUUCUUUACACUCGGCUACUAUACUUUUUGAAUAACAUUCCAAAACUGAAUAUUUCACUCUACACUUUUCCCUAGACUGCUUUACCCUUUGUGGAUAAAUGAGUGAGAAGAAACAAUAUCCUGACCCACUUCAAAGGGAGAGGGAGAGAGAAAAAGAGAAGCUUCGAGUUCACUUCUCAGAGGCUAUUUCUGUUCACGCUCAAGAAAAUGAACUGUUGAAUGAAGAUUUGAAACAACAGGAGGCAAAAUACAGCCAUUUAUGGCAGGACAAAACCGAUGAUUUCUAUGCUCACAUAGAGUCUUCUGUUUUCAAGGUUGAGCGCUCGAAGGUUAUCUUACCACCUCAGGAAUGGAUAACCAUGGGAGACUUUAUGUUUCCGGAGCAGUCAUUUCUACCGAAAAUUCAUUACAAGGAGACAGCAACAGCAAAGGUGUGCACGACAGCUAUAAGGCAAGAGAACCUGCGCAGACUGUAUGCGUCGCAGUCACUCACCGAACUGCUCAAAACCAUGUACAAUAUCACCAGCAAGGACCUUGAGCCCACCAACCUAAUUAUUGCAUGUCCCUCUCCCAUUGGUGGCAGAUUGGAUUCCUCUGAUCGACCAAUCGGACUGCAAGACUUCGAUGACAAUGAGUUUGAUGACAGACUUCCUGAAGAAUGGUUAGGCCUUGGAAUAGUUGAAGGUACAGUCUACCCGGUUCCUGGCAAGGCAUUAUUUGCACAAGGAAACACUUGAAGUCGGAGCGAGGCAGCGUUGAGGAGAAGGUCUAUCAUUG